UUUCACUUCCCAUCUUCACAGCUUUUUUUUUUUCUUCGCCACUCCCCAUUUCACCUCUUCCACCACCAAACCCCAAACAACUCUCUCUCUCUCUCUCUCUCAGGCAAUUUCUGGGACUCUCCGCUUUGUUUUCUUUAUUAUUAUAUUUCUAUUCUAGAAUUUUAUAUUCCAUUUAAAUUCUUCACUUUCACGCUAUAAAUCCUCUCUCCGUUUCUCUCCCUUUCCCCUUCCUCUCUCUCUUUUCUCUCUGCCACAGAUUCCUUCGCUGAUACCGAUUAAGGUUUGGUGGCUAAGUGAGGAAGGAAAAUGAACACGCAACUUUUGGAGAUUGAGCCAAAGGAACUUAAAUUCGUAUUUAUAUUGAAGAAGCAAAGCUCCUGCUCGAUUACGCUUACAAAUAAAACUAACCAGUAUGUUGCUUUCAAGGUUAAAACUACAUCUCCGAAGAAAUACUGCGUACGGCCUAAUGUUGGCAUUAUUAUGCCAAAAUCAGCUUGUGAUUUUACAGUUACCAUGCAAGCUCAGCGGGAAGCCCCUCCUGAUAUGAUAUGUAGAGAUAAGUUCUUAAUCCAAAGCACAGUUGUCCCAGUAGGAACAACUGAUGAAGACAUUACAUCUGCCACAUUUGUCAAGGACAGUGGAAAAUAUAUUGAAGAGAACAAGCUUAAGGUUGCCCUUGUCAGCCCUCCAGAUUCGCCAGUGCUAUCACCAAUUAAUGGGACAAUGAAUCAGGGAAUGGAUUAUGAUAGAGUUGAGACUUUUGCAACACUUCCAACGGUUUUGACGAUUGAGGAAUCAAAGAUGAGAAAUACUGAGGAUUUAAAGCCAACAAAGGAUGUAGAGUGGAAUUCAAGGAAAGAUACGUUAUAUGAGGAGAAAUUAAAACCAAAGAAGGGUGCAGAGCUGAAGCCCAUGAAUGAUAUUUUUGGUGACAAUUUAAAUAUAAUAAAGGACACUGAACCGAAGCCAAAGAAGGAUGCAGAGCUGAAGCCCAUGAAUGAUAUUUUUGGUGACAAUUUAAAUAUAAUAAAAGACACUGAACUGAAGCCAAAGAAUAAUUCUUUCAAUAGCAAGGAGUUAAAGCCGGUGAAAGAUGAGGAAUCAAAGCCAAUGGAGGAUAUUCUUGAUACCGAGGAAUUGAAGCCAAUGAAGGAAAAGGAGUUCAAUGUAUUGAAGGAUUACAAGGUGAAAACAUUGAAGACUGCUGAGGACCUUAACUUUGCCAAAGAUAUGGAGGAAAUGAAAUCAAAAUUAAGUGACCUUGAAUCAAAGCUAGGCAAGGCUGAAGCAACCAUUUCAAAACUGACAGAGGAGAGGAGGUUAACGGUUCAAGAGAGGAAGACCUUACAAGAGGAACUGGCGCUGUUGAGGAAAAAGAUUGAUGUAAGAAGAGUUCAAGUGGGAUUUCCUCUCCUAUUUGUGUGUAUGGUAGCAGUCGUAAGUAUGUUUAUGGGGUACCAAAUGCAGCAUUGACAAAACUAUACUUACUCCAUGUGAUGGCGUGGUCCAGCAACAAUCAUGCAGUGGGUUUGUUAAUAGUUAGAAAAGAUUGUAGUUACUUUCCUCAUCAUAGCAAGUGUGCACAAUAUUUUAUAGGGAUGGCUAAUAUAAAGCAAAAAAAUUGUUUUGUGAA